AUGGAGGCCGAUCAAGCUGCCGCCGCACGAGCGCUAGCCCAGGCGGCUGCUCUCAGGGCGCGGGACGAAGCCGAGCAGUCGAAGCUCGGCGUUCCCCUCAGCAAUGAUCUGUUGAGAGAGUUUCGGCUUGUGCUGCUCAAGACCGGCGGCAAGGUCAUGAGCGCCCUUGCUCAGAAGACGUUCCAAGCCUUCCCGAUCGCAUACGCCGCGAUCACCUGCAAGCAGUCAGAACAGAUGGAUAAAGGUGAACGUGACGUGGUGUGUACGAAGACCCUCGUGGAGUUCGCCAUCCCGCAGUUCAUCGUGCUGGCGAAGGCUGCAGCGAAGAAGCUUGAGCUGCCGCUCCCGCUGGACAUCGAGGACAAGAUGUAUCUCACGUCGUUGGGCACAGAUAUGACGUACGUGUAG